AUGUCAUUUUUGUUGCACUUUCUUUGUUAUGAGCUGUUUUUGAAGUUUCAACAGCAGUUUUUGAUUCACACAGUAUGGUUUAUGUUAAUUGACAUGUUUGUUAAAUUUUAUGGUGGUAAUUGCAUGAUUGAUUUGAGUUUUAUUUACCUGGACUGGGCAUCAAAUAUCUGUGCUGAGUUUGUCUGCUGUUUCCCUUUUCGCCUAUGUGGCCACAAGUCACAGCUCAGGGGAGAUUGUUAUAUUUUUCCAUUAUGUUCAUGCUUUGGCGAGAUCCAUUUAUUCUGUUAUGGUGAUUUGCUUCUUUCUGCUUCUCUCUUUUGGUGGUUGCUCACAAGCCGUAGCUCAGUAGAGAUUGUUAUAUUUAUCAAUUGUGUUCAUGCUUUGUCCAGAUCCAUUUCUUCUGUAAUUGUGAUUUGCAUCUUUCUGCUUCUCUCUUUUGGUGGUUGCUCAGUGUUUGCCAUUCCACUUGAUUUCUUCAAUUCAAUUAUAGUUUUUAAAACUGUUUACAUACCUAACCAGUUUGUACAGAUUCUGAAACUAUUUUAUAAAUUUCAAAACAUAAGAGUAGGAUUUGAGAAUGUAGCCGCCUGGAUGAUUGAGUGA